AAUGCAGGCGGCCAUGUGCGUUCGGUUAUUGCGGUGAAACCAUAGAUUUUCGGUGAAACAAGCUGAAAGAUCUUUGGGACCAGUUUAAUUAAAAGGCGACACCACUGUGCGCACAGUUCAUGGUGCAUGAUUAGGGUGUUUUAAGCAUUGUAAAGGACAGCGUUCCUUAAACGAGCAGCAAAAUUAUGAUGUGGUUAGAAGAGCGAUGCUAGCUUGUUCGCCUGUGCUAGUAGUCAAGGGAUCGCGCAUAGUUUCUCUCUUUACUUCGCAGCAUCCGAGCCAAAAUGCUGAAAACAUCUUCCGCGAGUCUUAGUUUAUUAAGAAACCUUCAAUCACCACUCCACCAGGAAGUAAGGGCAACCCAGAUACUCAGGCGAGUUGUCCAUCCCCUUCUGUCGAAGACCUGGUACAAAAAGCCUCGAUCCCUGACAAAAGAGAACUACAUCUACGUCUGCGAAGAAGAGACGGAAAAUAGGAAGAAGCCAAACAUCGAUGUCAUUCUGACAAAAUUUGUUGAAGGGCUCGGGAACAAAUGGGACGUCGUGUCCGUGAGGCCAUUUUACGGCCUGUCGCACUUGAUUGUCCCAGGAUUGGCCAUGUACGCCACACCAGAAAAUUUGAAACUCCGUGAAAAAAUGAGGGUGGAAACAGCAGACUUGGGUCCAGUGUUCAGUACCCGUACUUCUCCGGUGAUGAUUCGCAUGCUGAAAUCUACAAUCAUCAGACUUCCCAUGAACAGGGAUGAAGGAUGGACAGUGGAGCCAUGGCAUCUUAGGAUCGCCCUUCGACAAGCGGGUAUUACUGUACCAGAGGAGGCCAUAGAGCUUCCUGAAACACCCAUUACUGGACCAGACUAUGAUGGAAAGGAGAACAAGGUGUUCUUUGCCACCAUUUAUGUGAACAAGGUGGACAAAGGCAUGGUCCCCUUUCGGAUCCAACACGUUGGCAAGGCUGUGCGAGUUGAUGAAGGUACGGAAGUGCCCUUCGAGAAGCUGCCAGUUGAAGCUCUUUUUCCAGAGCAGGAGGCAACAAUUCAAGAGUUCUUCCCGGAAAGAUUCAAACCGCAUGAGCAUGCGGGCAGCACGAGAUCACCGACAAAACCAACCGACUCUAGUUAACUUGUUGUAGACCUUCAAACAUUAAAUGUCAAGUUUAGAUUAUA